AUGGCUUCUUCCUCUAUUCCAUCUUUAUCUCGAUCUCGAUACGCAUUCGAUGUGUUCUUGAGCUUUAGAGGCAAAGACACCCGCAAUAACUUCAUCAGUCAUCUCUACACUGUGUUGGCUCACAAGGGGAUUCAUACCUUCAAAGACGAUGAAAAGCUCGAGAGAGGAAAAUCGAUUUCACCGGAGCUCCGGAGAGCGAUUCGAGGAUUGAGGUUUUCAAUUAUAGUAUUAUCGAACAAUUAUGCUUCUUCGAGAUGGUGUUUGGAUGAACUAGUGGAGGCACUUGAGCGCAGCAACACAACGGUUUGUUCGAUUUUCUAUCAUGUGGAUCCAUCAGAAGUGAGAAGGAAAAUAGGGAGUUUUGGGGAGGGAUUUGAUGAAUUGGUUUCCAAACAGGGAGUAUUGGGGAUGGAGAAUGUUCAAAGGUGGAGAAAUGCUUUGGAGCAAGUUGCCAAUUUAUCAGGAUGGCCAUAUCCCAAUGAUACAAUCAUUAGAUAA